CACGUAAUAGCGCUCUGAGCGAGUCAGCUGAAUCAUGUUUUCUUCAAUCGAAACUUCGACUGCAGCUAAACGCCUACGAUAACGUUGCUGUGCUGGUUCUUGAGCGUUCAAAUUUCUUGUUUCAUCACAUGUGUCAAACAUUUUCCAGAAAGCAGACCCAGACAAGUAUAUCAUCAGAUAAUCUAUCAAUCCCAGUGAAACUAAGACGGACACCCUUUCACGGAGAUUGACAGAAAUCUAUGGAAUCAGAAAAGUUUGGUGUCCGUAGAUGAGCGCUGAACGUUCCAGCGCUCGGUCGAACGGUUGGCCCUUCAAUGCUGUAGUUGGAGCUCUAUGCACGAAACUUAGUGUAGGCGCUUGCCGGUAUGUCACACAUUCUUCAUCGAACAUCAAUGACUUGUGAUAUACUUGUUCAUGUGAUGUGCUUAUCAUUUAUCUGUUAUCUGCCAUUUAGGUGGAACGCUCUGUACUUAUACCCUGCUUGUAUUUGCUAUUUGACGUAUCACAUACACCCACACUCUCUUCCAAGACAAAUAAAGAUGCCACGACACAACAUUAAUUUCAAAACUCCUCUCAAAGAAAUCCCAGAGGCAGAAAUCAAGAGAACUCUCAAUAUUCCUAAUCACACUGGUGGUUUUGGUGAUAUCUGGCAAUGCAUCUGGUCCACCCCUUCCGGCAAUCCCCCUGUCACAGUUGCAAUCAAGGCAGUAAGGGUCCUUGACGCCAGUGAAACGGCACUGUUGGCAAAGGCUGCAAGGGACCUACGACGCGAGGCCCACGUUUGGGCCAACUUGAAAGACGAACACAUCCUCUCGCUUCACGGAAUUACAACUGGCUUCAGCCACUUGCCGGCGUUUAUUUCAUCAUGGAUGACCAAAGGGUCUCUUGAUAGCUACCUGUCAAAACAACAAAUUCCGCUUUCGACAUUCCAGAAGCUGGACAUGUCACGUCAGAUAGCAUCCGGUCUCAAGUAUUUGCAUGAAAAGGGCAUUGUCCAUGGCGAUUUGACACCGAACAACGUACUCAUCAAUAGCGAUGACAAGCUUUGCCUUGCAGACUUCGGUCUCUCGAUGAUCCUUGCAGAAUCGGGAAACCCCACAUUCAACUCCUGCCACGGGGGUAACGUGCGUUGGAUGGCCCCCGAAAUGGUCGCUCUACCUGAUUUAGAACAAGAGGAGGGGACAAAGCCAAUAAAACCAACAAACUCAGCAGAUGUAUAUUCUCACGGUUGUAUCGUGCUUCAGCUACUUUGUGGUCAACAACCUUACUACUCGCUGGUGCAAGCGUUUCACGUGAUAGCGGCGAUAUUGGGAGGAAGAAAGCCUUUCCGCCAGCUCGCCGGCAUUGACGAAGGCCAUAAGCAGUAUUGGCUGAAAUGUCUGUCCACCAAUUCCAAUGCUCGACCUAAAGUCCAGGAAAUCGUAGCGUUCAUAGAAGCCGAGCUGCAGAAGCUUUAAUGACGAGUAAUUACAAUCUAUGUAGCUGCUAUGAAUACUAUAGCAAGAUUUCGGGAACAGCCGGAGUAGUAACGGCCGAGUCACUUGACCUUGAACAUAC